AGGUCUCCAAUGCUCUGGCGCUGCUGGGGCUCACCUAUCCCAUUGCCGAAGGUCAGGCAGGUGGUGUGGUGAGGUUCUACUCACAUUUUCUCGGGGCCUCUGUCUCGAAGACGAAGCAGGGCUAUGCCGUGGACUUUUCCUUGAGCAAAGCUUUGCACCAGACCUUGACCUUCGUCGAGGAUGGAGAUGUGCCAACUCCAGGUGAGAAACUCGCCGAGGUGUGUUUGUAUGUGGUGUCCAUGGAGAAGCUGAAAACGGCCUAUGAGAAGUGCUCCGAGGCUGGCCUUGUUGAAGCCACUUGGGAGGAAGUUGAGAACUCCCGGGAGUUUAGCUUCUCGCGUUGCCCAGACCCGACCGACCAGAAGAUAGUGCUGGAACUGCGGCAUCGUCUCAGAGCCCCUGAGCACAAAGAGUGGCCUUUGCCCAAGGACCUUCCAAGCCGUGCCGUGUUUUCCAGCGCUAGCUGAAGUGCCGAUGUGAUUCUCCACGGAGAUCACAGAGCAGCAAACUCAUGGGGUUGACGAACAAGAGAAGCGGCUUCAACCAGGAAAAGGGAUUCAAAGCAUCAAAAGGUG